AUGGCACAACGUGCACGUCGGGAGCGUGAGAGAUCGAAACGUCUUCCAAGUCAGUCUACUCUUGUGCUUGCACAAAUUUCGGUGCCUACACAAAUUCCUGAGUUUCUUGCAGAACAAUCUAUUCAAACAAAUGUCUUUGGGUCAUCAUCUCUGCCGACAAUGCUUCGAGAAAAUCUUCCACAUAAUCUUUAUGAAGGCAAUUUUGUUGAAGGCACUUCGGUGCAAUCGACACCAUCGUCUAUUGAUGUUCCUAAGGUUGUACCAGAGCAAAUUGUGGAAAUAAAUUUCACAAGGUCAUCGUCUGUGGUCACUAUGCUUCAAGAAAUGCCUACACAAAAUUUAGGCGAAGGAAAUCUCGGCGAAGACACCACGGCGCAAAUGGAACCACCUACCAUUUGUUCCAUGGAAAGCCAUAUGCAAAUAGUAGAACAAACUGUAAUAAAUGAAAUGGGGUCAUCGUUUGUUAUGACCAUGUUCCAAGAAAUGUUGAAUUUAGAUGAAUGUAGCACGAUGCAAGCUCCCUCCAGGUGGUUAUAA